AUGGCGUCCCAAUUCUCAACGAACAGCGCGACUAGCACGGCAAAAUCCAUCAACGACAUCCCGAAAUUAUGGACCUUCACCUCAAAACUCCCUCCAGACUCCCUCUUCCCCACCCCCGCCGCCUCACAUAAAACCGCCCGCGACCAAAUCGGCCCCCGCCAAGUCCGCGACGCCCUCUUCACCUGGGUGCGCCCCCAACCAAGCACCACCCCCGACCUCCUCGCCACCAGCCCCGCCGCCCUCCGCGACCUCAACAUCGAUCCCGACUCCGUACAAACCCCCGACUUCGUCGCCACCGUCGCAGGAAACAAGCUCCAAGGGUGGGACGAAGAAACGCUCGAAGGCGGGUACCCGUGGGCGCAAUGCUACGGGGGCUUCCAAUUCGGACAAUGGGCGGGCCAGCUCGGGGACGGGCGUGCGAUCUCGCUUUUCGAAACGACGAAUGAGAAGACGGGGAAACGGUACGAGCUGCAGUUGAAGGGCGCGGGGUUAACCCCGUACAGCCGGUUCGCGGACGGCAAGGCCGUGCUGCGCAGCAGCAUCCGCGAGUUUGUCGUCAGCGAGGCGCUGCAUGCGCUCGGGAUACCGUCGACGCGGGCGCUGAGCCUGACGUUGUUGCCUGGGGAAAGGGUGCGGAGGGAGACGACGGAGCCCGGGGCGAUUGUGGCGAGGUUCGCGGAGUCGUGGUUGCGGAUUGGGAAUUUCGAUAUCUUGAGGGCGAGGGGCGAUCGUGCGCUGAUCCGGACGCUGGCGACGUAUGUUGCGGAGGAUGUGUUUGGGGGCUGGGAGACGCUGCCCGGGAGGCUUGAUGAUCCGGAUAAAGCUACGGAGUCGUCUGCGCCGAAACGGGGGGUUCCUGCUGAUGCGGUCGAGGGCCCGGAUGAGUCGGCAGAGAACAGGUUUACGAGGUUGUACCGGGAGAUUGUGAGGCGUAAUGCAUCUACGGUGGCCAAGUGGCAGGCUUAUGGAUUCAUGAAUGGCGUAUUGAAUACGGAUAAUACGUCGCUUUUCGGGUUGAGCAUCGAUUUCGGGCCCUUUGCGUUUAUGGAUAACUUCGAUCCUAGCUACACGCCUAAUCACGACGACUACAUGCUACGGUACAGCUAUCGUAACCAACCGAGUAUAAUAUGGUGGAAUUUAGUACGCCUGGGGGAGUCUCUCGGCGAGUCAAUUGGCGCCGGGUCGAAAGUUGAUGACCCGAAAUUCGUCGAGGAUGGCGUGAAAGAGGAAGAAGCAAAUGGCAUCAUUGAGAGGGCCGAGAAGAUUAUCAUGCAAGUCGGCGAGGAGUACAAGGCUGUGUUCCUCGGCGAGUACAAGAAGCUUAUGACUGCCCGGUUCGGAUUGAAGAAUCACAAAGAGAGCGAUUUCGACGAGCUGUUUAGCGGCGUCCUCGAUACUAUGGAGGCAUUGGAGCUAGAUUUCAAUCUCUUCUUCCGUCGGUUAAGUUCGGUUAGAAUCGAUGAAUUAAAGACCGAGGAGGCAAGGAGAGAUAGAGCUAGUGUGUUCUUUUAUAGCGAUGGUGUCACAGGCAUUGGAGGCGAAGCUGAGGGCCGCAAGCGCGUCGGCGAAUGGCUGGGCAAGUGGCGGCAACGCAUCCUCGAAGAUUGGGGUGAUGGCAAAACUGUCUCCGACGAGCAGGAUAAAGAGAGGAUGCAAGCUAUGAAGAAAGUCAAUCCUAGCUUUAUUCCCAGAGGUUGGAUACUUGAUGAAGUUAUCCGACGAGUAGAAAAGGACGAUGAGAGAGACAUCCUGGAUAGAGUUAUGCACAUGGCUCUACACCCAUUUGAAGAGACCUGGGCUGGUCGUACGUUCGAUGGUAAAGAAUACAAAGGCGACAUAGACGAAGAGACAAGGUGGAUAAGCGAUGUGCCAAAGACGGGUCGGGCUUUGCAGUGUAGCUGCAGCUCAUAG